UAACUAUUACUUUUUGAAGAGAAGCAUCUAACUGGAUGAUAAAUCUAACGAAAAAUUUAAGCAGCAAUGGCGGUAAAAUUCCAUAUUAAAAUCAAAACAAAUGAAAAUGUAUCAAGCAAAGCAAUUUCUUGGCAUGAUUUAGCAAAUGCAAAGGAUAAGAAAUAUCAAAGCCGGGCCAAUUCCCGCAGCCAUAGCACCGGAUGCCUAUACCGUCCCGUGACCCUUCUGGCCGCUGUCCUGUUGUGCUGCAGUUACGCUGCACAAACAGGAGCACAGAGCGCAUCCGGACUGCCUUAUCCUUGCGACAGCAACAUCUAUUGCUACGGAGAUCUACUGAAGACCGUGCAGCUCGCUCGUAUUUACAGCGACUCUAAACACUUCGUUGACAUGCCUCUUGUGGAUGAGCCUGAAAUUGUACAGACUAACUUCGCUAAACUUAUGGAUGAUACAGCAGGCAACCCAUCCAAAGAACAGGUCCAGGAAUUUGUUGAGGCGAAUUUCAAUGAACCAGGAGCUGAAUUCGAGAACUGGAGUCCAGACGACUGGACGGAGAGCCCAGCGUUCCUGGCGAAUAUUUCGGACGCGCAAUACUACAAAUUUGCGACCAAUUUAGUCGCGCUUUGGAAGGAUCUUGGCCGAAAAAUUUCCCCAACUGUGGCGGAAAAUCCUGAGAAAUUUUCCCAGAUUUACGUGGAAAAACCCGUGGUUGUGCCGGGGGGACGGUUCAGAGAGUUUUAUUACUGGGACUCGUACUGGACAAUAGACGGACUGCUGCUGAGCGAGAUGACGACCACAGUGAAGGGGAUGCUGGAGAACUUCCUCCACAUGGUCGCUCAGUUCGGCAUGGUACCUAACGGGGGGCGGGUGUACUAUACCAGACGCAGCCAACCCCCAUACCUCAUACCUAUGAUCAAGGAAUAUGUCGACUACACCAAUGACACCCAGUUUGUCAGGGACAACAUCGGGCUGAUGGAAAAAGAGUUCAACUUUUGGUUCAACAACCGCACCACGGAGAUAAAGUUGAACGGUUCACUCAACUCCUAUAAGGUUGCCCUCUACAACUCCCAGGUCGACGAACCAAGACCUGAGUCUUACAGGGAAGACUACGAAAUGGCUCAACAGUUACCAGAGCAACAGCGCACGCAGCUCUACGUGGAGUUCAAAUCCGGCGCGGAGAGCGGCUGGGACUACAGCAGCCGAUGGUAUAACAGCAACGGAACUAACAGAGGUACCCUGAAGAACCUACAAGUGACGUCAAUAGCGCCUGUAGACCUGAACAGCCUGCUGUGCUACAACGCUAAGAUCCUCGCUGGAUAUCACAAGCUGCUCGGCAACCUGGCCAAGGCUGUGCACUACGAAAACAUCCAUGAGAAUAUUGUAAGGACGAUCGAGGAGGUUUUCUGGGAUGAGGAGGACGGUAUUUGGUAUGACUUCGACAUCAAGGCUAUGAAACGUCGCAGGUUCUUCUACUUGUCCAACGUUCACCCUCUCUGGUCGGGAAGUUAUAACGCCUCUAACGCCGCUACCGUCACGGCGCGUGUCAUCUCCUACCUGAAGAGUCAGAAAGUUCUUGACUAUAUUGGGAUGAAGUACAACGUGAAUCUGGUUGGCGCUCCUGGAGGGGGUGGGGAAUACGACGUCCAACUUGGCUUCGGAUGGACCAACGGCGUGGCCCUCCGGUUCUUGAAUGACUUCGGCGACCGACUAACGUCCCCACCGGACGAUGGAGUUGAUACUUCCGGAGCUCCGGCCGUUGAUACAAGGUCUUCUUGGGGGAUUGCGGUUUUGGUUUCAACGUUCAUCAACGCACGUCUGUUUCGUUGAUGUAGUCAUGGUCUUGUCGCAUAUCGUCAUGACGGAUCGCAUUAGAUGUUUUGGAUAGAUGUUUAUUAAUGCAGGUCUGUUACGUUUAUGUCUUUAAGACAUUAAGAUCUUAAGACCUUAAGACGGUUAAGUCACGGUUUAGUCGGAUGUCGUCAUGACGGAUCACAUUAGAUUUUUUGGGAUAGACGUUCAUUAUGCACGUCUGUUUCGUCGAUUAAGAAACGGUCAUGGUGCACGUUGUCCCGAAGGGAUCGCAUUGACAGUUUUACUUUUGACUUUCAUCAACCCUCUUUUGUUCCGUUGAUGUGAUAGAUUUUGUCUGCAGGAGGUUAUUUUGCUUCCUUGGUUUGCAGUGUUUCAAUGGAUGGAGGUCUGUUCCGUUGCCGAGAAAGAGAGGGGUGUUGUAAUUGCAACGUUUAUCCAACUUUUCAUGUAGGUUUUAUUUGUCUUAUGCACUUGCCUACAAUCACAACUUAAAUCUUCGUGAUCGACGGAGUUGUUUUUAUUAUUUAGCCGAUUUAUUGCGUAUCGAAGGGGGCCAUCUUCUUCUUUUAAACUAAUGAUGGUCUAUUUUUUUCUCCUAGAGAUGGUCAAUCUUUCU